UGAUGUUUUAAGAUAUAAAGUACUUUCUUUCAUUAUAAAGAAGGGAUAAAAGCCUGUUACAAAAAAACAAUAAUUAACAAAAAUUGCUUAAAAAAUGAAUGCAUUGUAAUUUUUCAUUGUCACGCUUGAACGGCCAUCUUAAUUUUCAGAGGCAUAAAAAAUAAAUAACUAACAACUCUUUUUUAUAAAAUUUUUGUAAGAUAAAAAUAUUUUUUUUUUUUAAUUAUUAUAUUGACAUCUAUAAUAAAUUUGUAUACAUCAGCUGAUUAAAAAAAACCGAAUUAACAUUUAUCCCUCCUUAUCUGAUUUAUAGUGGGGAUGUGUAUGAAAAUAAAAAUCCGGUUAGUUUGAAGUUCUAUGUGUUUUUAGUUUUCUUUGACAGUGUUGUGACAAAUAAACAAUAUUGAAAUAUACUUUUCUAUGUAUUAAUUCUGUUAGUGACUAACAUCAUUUGUUUAGCGUAAUAGUGUAAAUUACAAUAAUGGUUGCUAUCAAAGAGGAUUUAUUAAAAGAAUAUGCAUUAUGUAGUUCAAUACUAGUUAUGAAAAUAUUAGCUAUGGCAAUUCUUACAGGCCGACAACGUUUUCGAAAAAAGGUAUUUGCAAAUCCAGAAGAUGCUAAUGGAAAAUCACAAAAAGUGGUUUUAGAUGAUCCCGACGUAGAAAGAGUACGAAGAGCUCAUCGAAAUGAUUUGGAAAAUAUUUUACCCUGGUUUGUGAUGACAUUGAUUUGGCUUACAACAAAUCCUUCAUAUUACCUUGCUAUGAUGUUAAUGAGAAUAUUUGUAGCCGCAAGAAUAACACAUACGUUAGUGUAUGUUGUAUUUCCUAUGCAACCACACAGAGCAUUAGCUUUUUUUGCAGGAUACUUGAUCAUUAUCUAUGAAGCAGUUUCUACUAUAAUAUAUUAUAUAUGAUAUAUUUAUUAAUCAAUUUAUUUGAUAUUUUAAAAUUAUGAUAAAAAUGAAGAAACUUUUAAAUUUUAUAAUACAAAUGUUGUUACAAUAAAUUGAAUAUUUAUAACAUAUAAUAUGAAGUUUCCAUAAUAUU